AAUAUCCCAUAUUUUCUUUUAAAAUUACAAAAACAGAACCCUACGCCAGUGAUUACCCUGACUUUUUGCAGCUUGUAUGAGUGGAGCUGCUAACUAAAUGAUAUAUAAUAUUCGUCUUCCAGUUUUAUCAGUUUCUAGGUAUGGAUAACUUGAAGAGCGUCGCCUGUAAAGCUAUUGAUUCUACAAAAGAAGAAUUAAAAACAAUCAGCAAGUCUAUUUUUGAUCACCCAGAGCUUGGGUAUGAAGAACAUCACGCGCACGAUCUCCUGUCUGAAUUUCUGUCCAGUAAAGGAUUCGUAGUGGAUAAACACUACAAGCUUCACACAGCAUUCAGGGCGGUGCACGACGGGGGUGUGGGUCCCAACCUUGCUGUUCUGUGCGAGUACGAUGCCCUACCAGGACUGGGACACGCGUGCGGACACAACCUCAUAGCAGAGGUGGGCGUGGCCACGGCACUGGGUGUGAAGGCGGCGUUGGAGAAGGCGGGGAAGCCUCUGGGGAAGCUGACUGUUCUUGGGACACCAGCAGAGGAAGGCAAAGGAGGGAAAAUCGACCUGGUCGGUGCCGGUGCGUUUGGUGGCAUCGACUGCGUCAUGAUGGCGCAUCCAUCGCAGUGCAGCUGGACAACGCCAGAUUAUGCGGCUAUGACAGAACUCAAGAUCAAAUUCCAUGGUAAAGCUUCCCAUGCAUCCAGUGCUCCCUGGGACGGAGUGAAUGCUCUGGAUGCAGCAGUUCAGUGUUACCAGAACAUCUCGUGUCUCAGACAGCAGAUGAAGCCCGCGUGGAGAAUACACGGUGUUAUUACAAAUGGUGGCAGUAAACCAAACAUAAUCCCAGAUGUCACAGAACUUCUGUAUUAUGUGCGAGCACCGACCGAUCCAGAGCUUGGACAACUGAAGCAAAAGGUUGUUUAUUGUGUCAACGGAGCAGCUUUGUCAACGGGGUGCAAGGCAGAAUUCAGCUUUGAUAAAAACGAAUUUUCAUCGCUAAUGUCCAACAGUGUUUUGGCCUCGCUGUAUGACGAACAUGGUAAAUCGUCUGGAGUGAGGUCAGACGACGAAGCGACAAAGCGCCGCCUAGGAGGAGGUUCUUCUGACAUUGGCAACGUAUCCCACGUUGUUCCAAGUCUUCAUCCCGAAUUCUUCAUUGCUACAGCCAGUCCUCACACCAAAGAAUUUGCUGUCUUUGCUAGUUCUGAAUCUGCUCAAGAAUAUACCUUGGCAACAGCCAAAGCGUUAGCAAUGACUAUGGUCGACAUUUUUGAAAAACCUGAUCUACUUCGGCGUAUUAAAGAUGAAUUUAAGUUGCAGUUUGAGCAAGAGAAGAAUGCCUAAUUUAUUGGUAUCAUCCACGAUGAUUGAGACACAAUCACAAGACAUCAAUUAAGACAUUAUACUUUGUCAUUUAACAUACAAUUUAAAGUAAAGUCAGUACUAAUAAUAAACUUCUUCUCUA